AUUUUAAAAGGAAAUUAACUCCAGUUUCACUCAUCCAGUUGUUAAGUAGGUCAAAUCUCGUCGCGUAGAGUGAUUAUUUUUAGAAAGCACAAUGCGCAGAUUUCUGUUAUUUUUAUUAUGGCUGAUAGUAAAUUGAGUCCUAUUUGCUCUCCAUCGGAAUUAAUUUCUAUACUGAAAUUUCCUACUGGACGAUACGAAUUCCCAGAAGAUCCUUAUAAUGAGGUAUACGAGAACAUUCUACUUGGAAAUGGAGAAACUGCUCUCAACAGACCGCUGUUAAGAAGAUUAAACGUUACUCACGUUGUAAAUGCCGCAUGCGGUACCGACCCCGAGUUAAAUCUAAUCGAUACUAGUGCAGAAUUUUAUAAAGAUGUCAAUAUAGAUUUUUAUGGAAUAUAUGCUUUGGACAUGUCGAGUUUUCCUCUACAUCAGUUUUUUAAUGCGGUUGCCGAAUACAUCGACAACGCUUUACAGUCUGGUGGUAGAGUUUUUGUCCACUGUCGACAAGGCAUCAGUCGCUCAGCCACUUUGGUAUUGGCAUAUUUAAUGAUAAAGAAGAAUAUGACAGCUCAAGAAGCUACUAGAUUAGUCAGAAGCAGAAGAGAAAUAACACCAAACGAAGGUUUUUUGUAUCAAAUCUGCGACUUGAAUGAAAGGCUACAGUCUAAAUAA